AUUGGAAAAUUUUGUUGUACUGAUAAUUCUGAUAGUUUUCUAACCUUUACUUCCUCUGUCAGUCUGUCGAUCAAUUAUUGUCCUUUUGUAUGGUCCUCAAAAGAAAACCCUUAAAAAAAUGGAGUGAAAAGAAUCAAAACUCAAUCCUGUAAUUAAUUGGUUCUUAUCUGAUUAUGCUCACAAUCUCACUUCAUUUCUUGCCCAUGUUUCAUGUGUCUGAAAAUAUCAUCAUCAUCAUCAUCAAACACUCGCUCAAACUAACACUCUCUACUCUCCACUCACUAGGAACUCGUCAAUAGUAGCUGUAAUGGCUCUCUCUGCUUCAAUCUUUACUUCUCCCCUCUCUAUCUCAUCAACCCCAAUUCGCUACCGGCCUAUAACUAUUAGCAGGAGAUUGUUAUGUCCUUUUGCUACUUUAAGUUCGUCUUCUCCUUCUUCUUCACACGAACCAGCAGCACCAGCACCAGCUACAACAACGUCUCCUAUUGAUUCUUCUAAGAACCCAUCAAAGCCUUUUGCUGAGUCUUCUAGAUCACAUAAUUCCAGCUUCAACUAUGCAUUUGCUAAUCCAUCUGGCAGUAGCCCAGUUGUGCAGUUUGUUCGCUCUACUGAAUCUAAUAUUGAGAGGAUAAUUUUUGACUUCCGCUUCUUGGCACUGCUGGCUGUUGGAGGUUCUUUGGCUGGUUCCCUCUUGUGCUUCUUAAAUGGUUGUGUAUACAUUGUUGAUGCAUACAAAGUUUAUUGGACAAGUUGCUGCAAAGGAGUUCACACAGGACAGAUGGUUCUACGCUUAGUUGAAGCUAUUGAUGUUUAUCUUGCUGGCACUGUGAUGCUAAUCUUUGGCAUGGGCUUGUACGGAUUAUUCAUCAGCAAUGUGCCCCCUGAUGUUGCUCCCCAAGUCGAUCGUGCCCUGAAAGGAUCUUCCUUGUUUGGAAUGUUUGCAUUGAAGGAGAGACCAAAAUGGAUGAAGAUCUGCUCACUAGAUGAACUAAAGACAAAAGUAGGACAUGUUAUUGUAAUGAUCCUUUUAGUGAAGAUGUUUGAGAGGAGCAAGAUGGUGACAAUAGCAACUGGCAUGGAUCUACUAAGCUAUUCUAUUUGCAUUUUCUUAUCAUCUGCUUCUUUGUAUAUCCUUCACAAUCUGCACAAGUCAGACUAAGGAUUUCAUAUAUCUAUAAAUAUAUAGUACAAAUGUAAUUCCUAUGAAUAUAUAUAUUUCCAAGAACACAAAUGUAAUUAUCAUUAUUAUUGUUAUUGAUUCACAUCUUGGAAUAAAA